UGGGUCAGUAACAGUUCCUGGGACAUUCGCGUUUCGUUUAGUUUGACCCCUGCGACUGCCGUUCAGUCAAGAUGGUGCUGGAGAAGAAAAGCUCCGCCCGGGUCGAAGCGGGUCAGCGCAGGGUUCUGGAUGAGGCGACCCGGCAGAGGAGGCUGACCCGGCAGCUGGAGGCUCUGGAGAAAGACAACUUCCAGGACGACCCUCUGUCCUCCCUGCCCCCCCCUGGUCCCACGGCCCGACUCCCAGCCUUCAGUGAGACGGAGGAGCCAGAGAAGAAGAGGAGGAAGACGAGGGGCGAUCAUUUCAAGCAGCGCUUCAGGAAGAACUUCACCACCCUGCUGGAGGAGGAGAACCUGUCGGAGAGGGCGGAGCCUAACUACCUGUCAGCUGCGGCCCCGCCCUCCUCUCUGCCGCCACGUCUCUUCUGCUGCGUCUGCGGCUUCCCGUCCCACUACACCUGCACCACCUGCGGGGGGCGCUACUGCAGCAGCAGGUGUCUGCUCACGCACAGGGAGACCAGGUGUCUGAAGUGGACGCUCUGAGGACGCUUUGGACCGGACUGGACCAGAUCGGACCGCAGGACAUGUUGGACUGCUGCUGCUGGACGGAGACGCUGCUCUCUGGGUCAGGAAGCUCCAGAACCUAGACGACCCGGUUGGUUCUGAUGGUUGGUCUCAGUGUGGACCCAUCUCUGCCUUCACUGCAGAACCAGAACCAGCAGAACCAGAACCAGCAGAACACUGAGGUUCCACAGGAGGACACCUGAGUUUGUUCCAAUUUUCAGGAACCAGAACCAGAACCGACCCGGAUCUCCUGGAUGUUUUAAUUUCAUUUUGUUCUGAAACUGAAAUAAAUGUUGUUUUUCUGACCUUUCAAAAUAAAAUGUUCUGUCUCUAAACCUGCACUUCCUGUUAGCGCUGCUGCAGCUACUGACUGACCUCUGACCUUUAACCCUCAGCCACUCACAGGUCAGAGGUCAGCUCCCAGGUUCAGAUCUCCUGAGGUGUUUACGUCUGUGCAGCGUCCUCAAAGUCCAGCCGUCCUGGUCGCCAUGGCAACCGCACCAUAAACACCAGUCAAUCAUUACAGUGGACUUUAGAUUCAUCUGAGCCUUUACCUGCACACACACACACACACAGACACACACUCACUGCUCACACACACACACACU